GAGUUGCUGACCAUGGAGCUCAUGGAAGGGUCCCUGGCCGACAUCGCCACCUUCAAUGGCUGCCCUUGUGCGGAUGUCGCCCAUGUUGCGAGCCAGGUGGCAUCAGCCCUGCAGUUCCUCCACUCCCGGCGCAUUGUGCACCGUGACAUCAAGGACUUGCGCGUCGUCGCUUCGCUUUGUCGCUUC